UCUCUCUCCCCCCUCCCUGUCCUGCGGCCUCGCAUUUACACCGCGCCUCCCUAGGCCAGCGGUAACAGCAGGUCGCACAGCCAGCCAGGCGGCAGCCAGCUGCGAGCGGCGAGUUCUUUAAGGAGGCGGCAGGCCGGUGCCGGUGCCUUUGCCUUGGCGUGGAGUGGAGUGGCCUGCCUCCCAUAGGCUACAGCCUUCCCGGAGAAGACAAGCAAAGCGAGCGCCGCACCAUUCCGUUCUUGUCCGUUGUUCCUGCUCCCUUGCUGCUGCUGCUUCUCGGAGCCACUAGUUGCUGCCGUGCUGUGCUGCCUCUUCGUACUGUGAGUGAGAGUGUGAGGGCGGAGGGCCGCAGCCUGAGCGGGAGAAGAAGAAGAAGAAGAAGAAGAAGAAGACCGCGGCGGGAGAGAGAUGAGCGUGACCAAGUUCAUCAAGUGCGUCACAGUCGGGGACGGCGCCGUGGGCAAGACCUGCAUGCUCAUCUGCUACACCAGCAACAAGUUCCCCACGGAUUACAUCCCCACGGUGUUCGAUAACUUCAGCGCCAACGUCUCCGUGGAUGGCAACAUCGUCAACCUGGGCCUCUGGGACACUGCGGGGCAAGAGGACUACAGCAGGCUGCGGCCACUGAGCUACAGGGGCGCAGAUGUGUUCGUGCUGGCUUUCUCCCUCAUCAGCAGGGCCAGCUAUGAGAAUGUUCUUAAGAAGUGGAUGCCAGAGCUUCGCAGAUUUGCACCCAACGUUCCGGUUGUUCUUGUUGGGACCAAGUUAGAUCUCCGUGACCACAGAGCCUACCUUGCUGACCAUCCUGGAGCUUCGACAAUCACAACGGCACAGGGUGAAGAGCUGAGGAAGCAGAUUGGUGCUGCAGCUUACAUCGAGUGCAGUUCCAAAACCCAGCAGAAUGUCAAGUCUGUCUUCGAUACAGCCAUUAAAGUGGUCCUUCAACCCCCACGGAGAAGGGAGGCAAUGCCUGCCAGGAAGAAAAACAGGCGUGGCUCCGGAUGCUCUAUAAUGAACCUUAUGUGUGGCAGCACAUGUGCUGCUUAGGAGUCUUAGAACACUGAACUGGAAGGAGGUGAAGGCGUGAUGCAUGGUGUGUAUGUUGUGCCAAACUGGCAAGUUAAUUUGCUAUAGAAUGGGACCGCAUGGAUGACUGCUGCUUUUGUUUUCCUUAGCUCAUCUGCUGUAUGCUUGGGUUUUUUAGGCGUAGUGCGUCAGGCUCUUCAAGUACUGACUUUUACCAGACUGCUGUGUUAUGUAAGAAGUUUGCUAGACGAGGAUUGCUGUAACUGUAAUAUGUUCUCCGAGAGGGAUGUGGUAUAACUAAGAUACAAGUAAGCUUGAGCGUGUUCUGCACUGUGAA